GGUUCCGUUUUGUGCAGCCGUCGAAUUCGCCGGAGCUUUCCCUGUGCUUUCAGUUAGAAGUUCUUACACCGAAGGCAAGCAUUGUACACGUCGUCCAAUAAUAUUUUAUAUUUAAGUGACAAUAUUGUGAUAAUUAGUUAAAAUAGUGCCAAAAAGGUGUAAACGAUGGAGGACGAUCAACAAUUUUGUUUACGAUGGAACAAUCAUCAAUCCACCUUGGUAGCAGUAUUCGAUACUCUCUUAGAAAAUGGGACUUUAGUCGAUUGUACCUUGGCCGCCGAAGGCAAAUACCUCAACGCUCACAAAGUUGUUCUCUCAGCAUGCAGCCCCUACUUUGAGUCAUUACUGUCCCAGAACUACGACAAACAUCCCAUAUUUAUCUUGAAAGAUGUAAAGUUUCAAGAACUCAAAGCAAUGAUGGAUUACAUGUACAGAGGUGAAGUCAACAUAUCACAGGAUCAACUAGGCGCGUUAUUAAAAGCUGCAGAGUCGUUACAAAUUAAAGGACUGUCUGAUAAUAAGAAGGAUUCCGAACCUCGUAAAGCGGCACAUCCUCCACCUGCAAAAAGUCCUACUCCCAUGAGUUCUACGUUACCUAGAGUACAAGGCCUAACCAUUGAGCAACGUAGAGCUAACAGAAGCGUCGACGAACGAGAGGGAUCGUUGUCACCUGGUCCCAGAAAAAGAAAGAGAGUCCGUCGUAGGAGUACGGACGAUCUAGAUAACCACCACGACGCAUCUAAUUCAUCAGAAUCUCACAGUAAUCCGACACCUAACAUUCCAAUUCCAUUACCUCCAGCUUCUUCCUCAAUGAAAUUAUUAACCGCCGAUGUGCCUGAACCUGUAGAAACCAAAUCUGAAAUUAUGAGUAGGCAUAAGAUAUUACCCGCUACUAAUGAACAGGAGAUUCCUCAAGUUCCUAUAAUCAAAGAAAAAUUAGAAACACAUACUGAACUGAUGCUAGAACCAAAGGCUGAAUAUGUGGAAGAGAUGAACGAGGAUAGUAUAGAGGACUUGACGCUUGAUGAUGACGAUGUUAGUAAUUUGGACAUGAGUAAUGAUGGUGCAGGGCCUAGUCAUGGCAACGCCGGCGAAGGAUCCAGUCAAGGUUUUGGAGGAUGGCACAUGGGAAAUCAAAAUCAAGAUGAAGUAUUUUUAGCCGCACAAGAGGCUGUAGGUGCACAUCGCGACUCUCAAGUGGGUAAAAUGCGAUGUCGUCUGUCAACAAAUUGGGAAGAAGAUGAAUUGGGAGAUUAUUUUCCGUGCGAAAAUUGCGGUAAAGUGUACAAGCAUCGUGGAAAUAUGCGUCGACAUAUGGCAUAUGAGUGCGGCAAACAAGCACUUUUUACUUGUAAGUACUGCGCCCGUAAAUUUCAUCAACUAUCUAAUUUAAAAAGGCACUGUGAGACUCAGCACAAGAAUGGUGACAAAAAAUGUGCCUUUCCAAAUUUUGCUUUCAAAAUUUCAUAGUUGGAUUACUAUCGCAUGUAAUUUCGUAAGUUUGGCGAUGCUCUCUACCUAAGUUUCAUUUUGGUUCAUUUAUUUUUCUGAGCGUACUCCAUUACAUCAUUAUGCUUUGUUGAAUAUUGAUUUUAUUGUGUUAAAUUAUCACUAUAAACUUGUAAAACUGUCAUGUUUGUGGAACAAUGCGUGCUAUUUAAGAUAUAUUUUAAGCACCACCUGUUUAGUUAAAAUUAUAGACGAUGGAAUGGUUUACUAACUGUUUGUGUGACGAACUUUAAUCGUGUUAAAAGAAAGUUGGAUAACCUAAUUCUAAUUUGGCUAGCUGAUUGUCCGGAAGUAUUCAUUAAUCAUUUAGGGUGAUAGUUAAUUAACAUGCAUUCAUGUAUUCAUAUAUAGUAAUCCUCCAAAUUAUGUGUUGUAGACCACAAUUUAAGUUUGAGCAAUCGUCCUAUAGUGAAAUUCUUUCAUAUUAUUCAAUGCUUCCGAUCUCCUAAGAUUUUUACGACUGCAUGCAAAUUUAUAGUCCAUAAUAAUAUUGGAUUUGGAGAACGGUUGCUUUAUAAAUGAUGUAUACUAUAACUUUAUAUGUAGGUUAAGUAGUGCUAUAGUAUAUGUGUUGCUUAUGAUGAAUUUUCCUCGUACACCGGUAAGAAAAGAAGACGUAGCCUAAAGAUGAUCAACUGUUCAUAGUUACCAUGUCUUUGACGUAAAACUAGAUUAAAUUGUUUUGUAGCUAGAAAUAAGUGGAGCUUUGUGUUUUGCAAAUAUUCAAAUAAAUGUGAUUUUGAAA